CCCAGGUCCCUGAGGAAUCAGCGGACGGCAGAGAUCAACAUGGCAGACGGACCAGAAAGUGUUUCCGCGAUCAGGGAGAGGGCGGCUAUCAAAGCUGCCAUCAAGAGGGAGUACCAGAAGCAAGUGCUCAACCCGUACCGCCACGGCUCUGGGGAGGGGGGCGCCCUGUUUGACCCGGCCCUGCAGCGGUUCAUGUCCAUGCGAGCCACACAGUAUGACUUCUUCCGGCCGACCCCCAAGGCUUCCCUCCUGGGCACCCUCAUGAUUGUCGCGCCCAUCCUCGGCUACGGGCUGCUGCUGAAGAGGGACAAGGAUCAGUUUGAGAAGAAGAUCAGAACUGGCCAGGUGGCGUAUGCUGACCGGGAAUUCAAGUUCUACUAAGGGAGAGUGUGGGUGCACCUUGUUGACAUUAAGGAAAAUUGAAACAUGUCACCUUUUCUAGUGUUAACAGGAAAAUUGUACAGUAUAUUAUGUAUUAAUAAAUUAUAGAUUUCAUA